AAAAAAUUCACCGAGAAAUUUUAUUUGCUCGCCGGGAAGUGCAUGAUGUGCUCGCGAAGAUAAUUAUGCUGUGCAAUAAAGCUUCAAGCAUGACCUUAAUUUCGCAUCGUCUUGAUAAAUGCUUAACGCCUGAACAAUUCAAUUUUCUCCAGCUCCAGACAGCUGCGAAAACAAUAAAAUACUUGAAAGGCCAGUGGCUGGAAAAAAUAAUAAAUACUGUGAAAAUUUCCUUUCGUGAAGUCGGAAAAGGCGCUUUUAAUAUCCGUCAAACAGAUCCGUGGGUUUACGACGUCGUUAAACUCAAGCGAUUGGUUAACCUUAUCGUCCAACAUAUGCAGACUGCAUUGAAUACAUUGAUAAAGUCUUCGAUAGAGAAAUAUCAGUUAUUGUUGGUAAUUCCAAUGCUAGAUCCUUUAAGCAGCUUUCUAAGCUUACAGCCCUCAUUAGAUGCAAUUUUUGAAGUGACUCUCACAACCAAUUCAAGAAUAUUUUCAUAUGCGGAAGAAAUUAACGAGUUUGUACCGUCUUUAUUGAAGUGGAUUGACGAGAUAGUGGUUCAGUUGCAUGCAAUUAAGCAUCCACAAGCUUACCUGUUUCCGGAGUUGAAGUUUCCCCCGAAUAUGUUCCUUUCGCCUAUUGGGCUUCUGGAUGACGUAAUUGUUGAUGCAAAGACAAGCAUCGAGAGCUUCUAUCGACCGCUUAUUGGUAAAUUGAUAGCUUACGUCGAUAGUUAUCAAAUGUACCUUGAGAUUCUGAGCUUGGAUGUCGAAUCCUAUCUUCGGGAUAUUGAAGCCGAGAACAUGGAUAAUCAUGAAAUAUUCCAGGGACUGAUCCACUUUAAAUCAGAAUUAAAUUGCAUGAACGAAAACCUACCCACGUCUGUAUGGAUAGGUGUUUUUAAAAUAUCCAUCGAGGCAAAAAAAUCCUUGCACGACAAAUAUCUCACUAUUAUCCGCGGGCUCAUCACUGUACUAACGAAUCAGUGCAGAAUAAAAGUGGAAAACAUCAUCGCCUAUUACAGAGACAUUGAGUUAGAAUUAACAAAUACGCCGCGUUGCAUUGAAGAGGUAAUCAAAGCGGAAAACUCUAUCCGAGAAAUCCCAUAUGUACUUGCUGAAUUACGUCAAGCAAUGGAUACAGUGGAUUCCGAGUACAAAUUGCUUGAAGCGACUAAUUGCGAAAUUCCAACCAGUGAUUUCGAUUUGUUUUACAAAGCUGUUGGGAAUUCAUUGAAAGUUACUCGUCAAAUAAAAUUAACAUCAAAAGUACUCAAUGAUCAGCGUUUGAAAUUGUUGGAGGAUUUACAAAAAGAUAAAUUAGAGCUUGAUGAAAGAAUCAAAUCCUUGCCGGCAAAAUUUGAAAAAGUAGUUGGAAAAAUUAGCGUUGAAAAUUUGCAUGAAUGUGCGUUUGAAAUAAACCAAUUGUGGAAAUUACUUAACUCCUGCAAAUCCGAAGCUUUAAUUGUAAAUCAGCGCCAAGGUCUCUUUGAUUUACCAGUUACAGAUUUUAAUCAUUUAGCUGGCCUGGAAAAAUAUUUAAAGCCUUACAAAAUGCUCUGGACAACUGCAGCAGGUUGGCUGAAAACUGAAGAACAGUGGCUUGAAAAUCCAAUCAUUAAUAUAAAUAGCUCGAUAAUGCAAAGCUUUAUAAAAGAAACGGAAAAAAAUGUUUUGGGUUGCGUCGAGUUGUUUGAAAAUCAACCAGAUAUAUUGAAAAUAACAUCCUACAUAUCCACCAAAAUAGAAUCCUUCAAACCCUACACCCUUAUUGUCGACAUAAUAACCUUUCCCGGUCUAAAAGAGCGACACAGAGAAGAAAUAAUUAUGCAGACCGGAAUAUCAAUAUCUCAACCACCUAACUUAACACUUCAGCAGCUUCUCGACCUUGGUAUCAUGACUCAUAUGGAAAUGAUUGCUGAAGUAGCUGACAAAGCGCAAAAAGAGUACUCUGUUGAAGUGACCCUUGAGAAACUAUCUCAAUCCUGGCUUAAUCUAAAGCUCGAAAUAGCGCCUCACAAUUCAAAUUCCGAAACUUGUGUGAUCAGUGUUUCAAAGGAAUUGUUUGAAAAAUUGGACGAAGAUAUUAGAGAAGUGCAGCAGAUAAACUGCGAAGCAUUCGAAGCUUCUGCUAAUGAGUGGGCAGCUAAGCUGAAAUUAAUACGACAAGUUUUAUCCACUUGGAUUGAUGUGCAAAGAAUGUGGAUAAAUAUGGAACCCGUGUUCAGUAAUGAAGGUAUAAGCAGACAGCUGCCAGUAGAGUAUAAAAAAUUCAACACGGUUCAACGAUAUUGGAGGCGGAUAAUUAAAAAAGCUCGACAGAAUCCUAAUAUUUUGCAUUUGUGCUCGGACAAAAGCUUGCUGGAUAUUCUAAGGGAAUGCACGGGGCUAAUGGAAUUAGUGAAGAAAGGAUUAGCCAACAAUGUUGAUGCAGUCGGUCCCUAUGUGAAUAGAAGCUUACAUAAUAAUAUUAAAUCGGAUUAAAAGUUACAGUAGUAUUUGUGGUUUUCAACGGAUCGAUUUAUCACAAAGAAAAUUAUUAGAGAUUAAAUGAAUUAUUCAUUGAAUUCGAGAGAUGUGGUUAUUGAACUUACCAGAAAUAAAGUAACUAAUUUAACUGUC